AUGGAGAAAUAUUUCAAAAGAACUUCAUCAUUGGAGAUUGGAUCCCAAAACAAUUCAUCGACCUCUUCUAAUAAGAGGAGGUUUUUAGAAUUUGAAGUAGAGAGUCUCAUAGCAGAUCCAGGACAACGACCAAAGAUUUCAAGUUAUCAUCCGAAAGACAGAGACAAAGUUAGAUGUGCAUAUUUGCAAAAAGGUCCUUGUCAACCAAGGACUCAUGAUUUUCCGCAAACUGUUUGUGGUUCUUCUUUUCGAAGAUUUAAUCCUAGUUGGUUUGAUGAUUAUGGCAAUUGGUUAGAGUAUAGUAUAUCAAAAGAUGCUGUUUUUUGUCUUUGUUAUUAUCUUGUGAAACCUGAGAAUGAAGGUGGCGAUGCUUUUACUAAAAAGAAUUAUCAAAUUCACUUGACAGCCACAAUUGAUUGUAUUAGAUUUCUUUUGCGACAAGGAUUGGCCUUUCGUGGUAAUGAUGAGACAGAUGAUUCUGUUAAUCAAGGAAAUUUUUUGGAACUUCUAAACUUUCUUGCACAACAUAAUGAAGAGAUUGAUCGUGCUUUUAAAAAUGCUCGUGGGAAUCUUAAACUAAGAGCUCCUUCAAUUCAAAAAGAUAUUGUAAGAGCGGCUGCAAGUGAAACGACAAAAGCUAUUGUAAAUGAUCUUGGGGAUGAAUUAUUUGCUGUUUUGGUUGAUGAAGCUCGCGAAAUUUCUAUUAAGGAGCAAAUGUCGGUUUGUUUAAGGUAUGUGAAUAAAGAAGGGCAAGUUAGGGAGCAUUUUCUUGGUCUUGUUUAUGUUUCUAGUACUAAUGCUUUAUCUCUAAAAUUAGCAUUAGAGUCAUUAUUAGAAACAUAUAAUUUAAGUUUAUCAAGAGUACGUGGCCAAGGAUAUGAUGGUGCAAGUAAUAUGCAAGGAGAAUUUAAUGGUUUGAAAACUUUGAUAUUGAAAGAAAAUUAUUAUGCUUUCUAUGUACAUUGCUUUGCCCACCAACUUCAGUUAGCUCUUGUAACGGUUGCAAAAAAACAAGUUGAAAUUGCUUUGCUUUUUAAUUUGUUAACCAAUUUGUGCAAUGUUGUUGGAGUUUCGUGUAAACGAAGAGAUAUGCUUCGUGAUAGUCAAAUGACUAAGACAAUUGAAGCAUUACAAAGUGGAGAAAUUUCUAGUGGACGUGGUUUGAAUCAAGAAAUAGCUUUGAAAAGAGCUGGAGAUACUAGAUGGGGUUCACACUAUGGAACUAUACUUAGAUUAAUUUCUUUAUUUCCUUCUGUGGUUAAUGUUCUUGAAUAUGUUGAGGAAGAUGGAAAUAAUUCAGAUUCCCCCUUUUCCCCCGCUGAUAAAAUUUUCUGGAUCCAUCAUUGGAGAAAGGGAAUCACGCAGGGGGUUCAAGGAAGAAGAGAGAAAAGAAAAGGUGGGGAAGGGAAUUCGCCGCCGCCGCUGCUCGUCGUUCGGUCUUCGCGGCUGGAUCUCGCCCCAGAUCUCGCCGCUCCACUUCCUCGCUCGAUGUCGAUGCCAGCAGCUCGCGAGGGUGGACGCCGUGCGCCGCUCGCCGUUUUCGCUCAUCCUCCUUGCUCGGUCGCCGCUGCUCCUCGUCCUCAUUGCCUGUCACUCGCCGCUGUGCUUCGCGACUUCGCGUCCUCGCCUUAA